AUGGAGGAACGUGUCCAUUCUGAGCAGACUCACACGCUUUACUCCAAAGUUCUCUCGGUUGCACAGCAGAAUGGUCUCUUUGAGGCUGGCAAAGGACAGCCGCUUGCUUCGGUGCUCCCCCAAGGAAUGUCAGACGACUCAGCCUGGAAGGCUUGGGCAAGAGUUGAGUCAACAAAGAGACUGAUCGCCUGCCUCAUCAUGGUGGACUCGUUCUUCUCCUCUGGCAUGAGAACCCACCCCAUAAUCCGCCUAGACACGAUGCGCUUCUACACCCCGUGCUCGACAGCGCUCUUCGAAGCCCCUGACGCGACUCGGUGGGCGCAGCUAGACUCGGCCGGCCAGUGCAUGAAGCCCAGCAUGCUGAACCUUCGACCCAACCAGACCUUCUUACCGGCAGACGUCCCGUCGAGCUCGAUCGGGCUGUACUCGCUCCUGUCGGCCGUGUGGCUGCGGCUUACUGACGUGAAAUAUCGACUUUUCCUGCAGGUCCCAACACCGACCCCUCUCAUUCCAGGAGAGCUGUACCAGAAAGAUGAAGCCGGGGCGUUGCUGGUGCCACUGCUGAGAGACAUCUACACAACAUACAAGGCUGACCUGGUGCGGAGCAAUCCAAACAACGUCUCGUUUUGGCAUGUCAUGUGCAUCAGCAUUACGACCAACAUGGACAUUUUGGAGAUUGCUGCUGGGCGCGAGGGUAUCCAUGCUGGGAAAGAGGCACUCGAGAGUAUCGCAGGCUGGGCGCAGAGUCCCUCGGCAAGGCGGGCGUGUUUGCACGCAGCCCACAUAUACGCAGCCAUGUCAAGGAGAAAAGUCAGCGAUGGGACCACGUUCCUGUCAGAGGAUGCAAUCUUCAACGCCGCGCUCGUGCUUGGCCUCUACCUCCUGGUAGGUCCGGACUCGCUGCAGCAGGGCGGCAAAACAGAGCCGUUUGAACUGCUGGACGACGUCGACUGGAGCGAGCUUGCCGAGGAGGGUUUUACUGGCUACGUGUCCUCCUCCUCCAACGCAGCCAAGAGCUCGCCCGCUGUCCGGUUCGUGUCUAUGGGUGGGCCGGUUUCUUUCAGCAGCAUGGUGCUUCCGGGAGGCCUUAACUCAGCCAGGAGGGUGUUGGUCGACUUCGUGAGUCUUCUAGAGGAGGUGGGGAAGUGGAAGGCGGGAAAGUUGUGUCACAUACUCCGCCUCAUGAGCGACAGCGUGACUGAUCUCUGA